GCUCACAACACCAUCCCCACAUAGAGAAUUUGAAACCCAUUGCAUUAUCCCUUUCACAUACAAAACACCAUUUAAAGGGUAAGAAAAGAGUUCACAAAACCAAAUUAAGAAGAGGAGGGUAAAAGAAAAUGGAAAAGAACAAAACAGUUGCCUCCGCCGUUUCUCUCAUUCUCGUUGUGGGUGUUGUCGUCGGCGUGGUUGCACUUGUCCGCACUAACAAUGACAAUAGCGCGGCCCCUGAAACCGGCAACAACAAUGACAUAAACACACAUAGCAAAUCUGUGCAGGCCGUGUGCCAAAACGCCGAAGACAAGAAGCUAUGCACUGAUACUCUCAAACCAGUGAGCGACUCAGACGAUCCAAAGGAGUACAUCGCAACGGUGGUGAAAACCUCCAUGGACAGCGUCAUCAAAGGCUUCAACCUUAGCGACAAACUCACGGUAGAGCAUGGAAACAGCAAUAGCAGCAUCAAGAUGGCCCUGGAGGAUUGCAAGGACUUGUUACAGUUUGCCAUUGAGGAGUUACAAGCGUCCAAGGUCCUAGUCAAGGACAAUAAUAUGAACAAUGUGAACGAGCGUGCAGCUGACCUGAAAAACUGGUUGGGUGCGGUACUUGCAUACCAGGAAUCAUGCCUUGACGGGUUCAACACAGACGCUGAGAAGAAGAUCCAGUCUCAGCUGCAAACGGGGAGCUUGGAUGACGUGGGGAAGUUGACGGCAUUGGCGCUUGAUAUUGUUUCUGGGAUCUCAAAAGUGUUGUCUGCCAUGAACUUGACUUUGGAAGUAAAACCUUCGUCUCGCCGCCUUCUUGAGGUGGAUCAGGAUGGGUUACCAUCUUGGAUAUCGGGUGCGGAUCGAAAGCUCUUGGCAGAGAUGAAAAAUGGAGGUUCGGUUCCGCCAAAUGCGGUGGUUGCCAAGGAUGGAAGUGGCCAGUAUAAGAGUAUUCUUGAUGCUAUUAACGCCUACCCUAAAAAGCAUAAGGGUAGGUACGUGAUCUAUGUUAAGGCCGGUGUCUAUGAUGAGUACAUUCAGAUUGACAAGAAAAAACCUAAUAUUUUGAUGUACGGGGAUGGCCCUAAGAAGACUGUUAUCACUGGUAAUAAAAAUUUCGUAGAUGGAUACAAGACUAUGAGAUCUGCCACGUUCACGACUGUUGCUCCAGAUUUCAUGGCCAAGUCAAUGGGAUUUGAGAACACAGCCGGCGCCAGCAAGCACCAAGCAGUAGCGCUUCGCGUGCAAGGAGACCGCUCGGCUUUCUUCGACUGUGCUAUAAGCGGCUAUCAAGACACCUUAUAUGCCCACGCCCACCGCCAGUUCUACCGAAACUGCGAAAUCUCCGGCACGGUGGACUUCAUCUUCGGCUACUCAACACUCCUAAUCCAAAGCUCCAAGCUCAUAGUGAGAAAACCCGGUAAGAAUCAGCAAAACAUAGUAGUGGCCGACGGAACAGCCCAGAAGAACAUGCCCACAGGAGCAGUGAUCCAGAACUGCCAGAUCGUGCCGGAGCCAAGCCUUGCCGCGGAUAAGUCCGUGAGGACGUACCUGGCUCGGCCGUGGAAGGCCUAUUCAAGGGCGAUCUUCAUGGAGAAUAACAUUGGUGACUUGAUCCAGCCAGAUGGGUUUCUUCCUUGGCAAGGAACCCAGUUUCUUGACACGUGCUUUUUUGCGGAGUUUGGGAACACUGGAUCAGGUGCCAAUGUUCAGAAGAGAGUCAAGUGGGGAAAAGGUGUUCUUAGCAAAGGUGAUGCUAUUAAAUACACUGCUGAUCAGUGGCUCCAAGCAGGCGAGUGGUUACCGGCUACCGGCAUACCCUAUGAUCCUGGCUUCACUAAAGCAUGAUGAGAACCAUGCAUUGUGUGAUGUUGGAAUCAGAUCAUAGUGUUUUGAUCUUUUAGAAGAACCGGCCACUACUAACAGCUUAGUCCAUUUCUGAGUUUAGGUCAAUCAAACUUGAAGCCUUUAAAUGAAACACAACAAAGUAGUUAAAAAAGAAAUAUAUAUGUAGGAUCUAUAGAGAUUCAAUGAAUGUGGAUAGUACAAGUUGAGGCACUAUCCUCUGUAUAGCCUAUCCCUAUGUAUAGUUUAUAUAUAGUAUUUAAUUCUUUUUUAUUUGCUUUGAUUUUUAUCAAAUUUGUUUUACAUUCCAAUAAUACAUUCAUAUCUAAUGUUUCUCUCUCUCUCU